CACUAUUCAAAUUUCAAAUAUUCAAUCCGUCAACUCGUGCUGUUCGCUUUGAGCCUGUGACCUGCGACGCUGUUUAGUGUCCCGUGACAGAUAUUGACAAAACAAAUGUGUUGUGUCCGAUAUCCAACGACAAAGAUAAAAAACACAAUUGCAUAAAUCAUACUCAGAAACUCGGAAUUCGGUUUCGGACAUUGCAGUCACGACUCACGAGUCACCCCUCUUGUCAUAUUAUCAUAACAUUUACUAUUAACUAUUAAACUAUUGCUGCAUUUAUUUCUAUUAUUUUUUCGUUUCUUCAUAUUCUAUUAUUACUAGUAUUCUAUCACGAGUAAAUUCAGAUAAAUAUUAAAUAGGUGUAUCUUAGUUCCCGAAGGCUAAAAUGUACAAUGUGUGAUGCGUUUAGUCUUGGCCAAAUGCAUUAGUUUGAUUUAGUUUAGUAUUUUUGUCUAAUUCAGUGAUUCAAAUAUUAAAUCUUUUUAUAGACUAAAUCAUAUUUACACCUUAAAAUUUAUCUCUAUCAAUGAAUUGCUACUUUAUUUAAUUAACUGUUUCUACUGUGUCCGUAUUAAUUUAUCAGUAGUUUGUUCAUUUUAAGGGCACUGGCCUCAUUCAGUAUUUUAUUUUAUUUCUAUAACUAAGAAAAACAGAGAACGGGUAUAGGUUUGUUUCAUUGAAUGUUAAUAUCAAACAUCACAUUGUUUCCAAUAAUUUUCAAUAAUAUUUCAUCUUUUACUAAUUGUUAAUAUUUGUCAAUAUCAAAAUGUUAAAAAAUUGCUGUUUUUAUUUWAAAAAAAUAUUAUUAKGUAUAAGUUUUUCUGUCGCGAUGAUUGUAAUUACUCGUAAAUUGUUUUGUUAUUAUAUGAAAGAUAAUUGUUUAACUAAUAAUACUCCAAUGGUUAUCAGUACGUGGGCGUUUUCUGAUGCGACAAAAAAAAGUUGGUCAGUGUUAAACAUGACAGGCACCGCAAUUGAUGCGGUUGUAGCUGGAUGUACAGUUUGUGAACAAGAGCAAUGUGAUGGUACUGUUGGUUAUGGUGGAAGUCCUGAUGAAAAUGGAGAAACUUCUUUAGAUGCUCUUAUCAUUGAUGGAUCUACAAUGAAUAUGGGAGCUGUUGGGCAUAUGAAACGUAUCAAGUCAGCUUCAAAAGUAGCACGUCUUGUGAUGGAAAACACAAAACAUACAUUUCUUGUAGGUGAUGAAGCGACUCAAUUUGCUAUACAAAUGGGCUUUAAGGAAACUAAUCUCAGCACAAUUGAUUCAUUGAACUUGUGGAAACAAUGGAAAUCUAAUAAUUGUCAACCAAACUUUUGGACUAAUGUUAGCCCAGAUCCAAARAAGUAUUGUGGACCCUACAAACCAAAUUUUCCAAAACAUUCAAAACCUGAGCUAAAUCUUGUGGAUUCAAAAAAUCAUGAUACUAUUGGAAUUAUUGCAAUUGACCAUGAAGGUAAUAUUGCUGCUGGAACAUCUACAAAUGGUGCCAAAUUCAAAAUACCUGGAAGAGUUGGUGACUCUCCCAUUCCUGGAUCUGGUGCUUAUGCUAUGAACACCUAUGGUGCUGCUGCAGCAACAGGCGAUGGAGACAUACUAAUGCGUUUUUUACCAAGUUUUCAUGCAGUUCAAGCAAUGAAGUAUGGCCAUAUGCCAACAGAAGCAGCUCAAUUAGCCAUAGACACAAUUGCCAAUUAUUAUCCAGACUUUAGUGGAGCAAUUAUAGCUGUUAAUAAGUAUGGAAGUUAUGGUGCUGCUUGUCAUGGAUUUGAUAGAUUCCCAUACUCUAUAGCAAAUCCUGAACACAAUAAUGUAUCCAUAUUUUAUACUACAUGUACCAAAUCGAAUUCAUAAAACUAUAACCAUUGGCCAUUUUUAUAGUUCUAUUUCAUGUAWUUUUUUUUUAAUUUUGUAAAUACUAUAUCUUAUUAAAUGUUACAUAUUACAUUUAUAUAAAUCAUUUACAUAACAUUGUAUUAUUUUUAGUUUUUAUACCUAGGUACUAACCAUGGCCAGUUUUAGGGGCGUGCCACAUGGGCGACCACCCAGGGCGCYGAUAUAUCAUGGGCGCCUUCAAAGUUCAGAUGUUAGUUUUUUAAUUCAAUUACUUAACUUUAAUUAGAGGGCCCAUUAAUUUUCCUUGCCCAGGGCGCAUAGUCCCCUAAGACCAGCCCUGGUACUAACCAUUAAGCAAAUUUUAAUUGUGUAUAAUAUACUCAAUAUGAAAAUUGAAAUGAAUAUAAUUUUGAUCUCUACUUAUGAUUUUAUGAGUUAACAUUUGACUACAUAUUCCAUUA